AUGAUCAAUUCAAGAGUUAAACCAGCUACCAUAACUCUUUCAACACUCAUUAUUCACAAUCUUGCACAAUUCAGAAUCCCAAUUUUCCAAUCCCAACCAUACCACAGUCAUCAUCGUACUCACAGACACACUUCAAAAUCUUCACCUGAGCCUCAUAAGCCCACAAGAAACCUUCUUCGCAAACCAAUACCACUCCUUGCAGAUCUCAAACAAAUCCAAGAUCCUGAUGAAGCUAUAUCACUCUUCCAUGAUUACCAACAAAUGGGGUUCAAACAUGACUACCCAACUUAUUCUUGUCUUGUUUAUAAGCUCGCAAAGUCUCGAAAUUUUGAAGCUGUUGAAUCCCUUCUUGGGUAUCUCCAAACUCAUUAUAUUCGAUGUAAAGAAACACUUUUUAUUGGGUUAAUUCAGCAUUAUGGGAAAGCCCAGUUAGUUGAUAAUGCUGUUGAGCUUUUUCACAAAAUGGGGUCGUUUAAUUGUUCGCGUAGUGUGCAGUCUUUUAAUGCAAUUUUGAAUGUGUUUGUUGAUAAUGGGCGUUCUGAAUCUGCUAAUGAGAUGUUAAGGAGUUGUUCGAAGAUGGGUAUCUGGUUAAAUUCUGUUUCGUUUAACAUUAUUAUCAAGAUGUGGCUGGAGAAGGGUGAUUGGGAAAUGGCUCGUCAGCUGUUUGAUGAAAUGCUUGAAAGAGAGGUUGAGCCAACUGUGGUUACUUACAAUUGUCAAAUUGGGUUUUUGUGUAAGAAGGGGGAUGUUGAAGGUGCUAAAAGUCUGUUUCAGGAUAUGGUUAAAAAGGGAAAGAAGGCAAAUGCAGUUUCUUAUGCUUUGCUGAUGGAAGGUUUAUGUUCUUUAGGGAGGUAUAAGGAGGCUAAGAAGUUGAUGUUUGAUAUGGAAUACCAAGGAUGUAAGCUGAAAAUAGUCAAUUAUGGUGUUUUGAUGACUGAUCUUUUGAAACGAGGUGAAAUUGGUGAGGCAAACAGUUUACUUGUGGAGAUGAAAAAAAGGCGCGUUAAGCCUGACAUUGUGAUCUAUAACAUGUUAAUUAAUUAUUUUUGUAAGGAAGGUAAAACCACUGAGGCGUAUAGGAUGUUAGUUGAUAUGCAAAUUGCAGGCUGCUAUCCUAUUGCAAUUACAUACAGAAUGGUGGUUGAUGGAUUUUGUAAAACGGGAGAAUUUGAGGAAGGUUUGAAAGUUUUGAAUGCAAUGUUGAUGAGCAGGCAUUUUCCACGUAUGGAAACAGUAAGGUGUUUGAUUCUUGGUCUGCUUGAUAAAGGGAAGGUUGAAGAUGCUUGCUUUGUUUUGGAGGAGAUGGAGAAGAGGAAGAAAAAGUUCAAUUUUGAUUCAUGGGAAGUCAUUGUCAAGGAUUCUUGCACUAGUGAUAGGAGUGUACGCCAGCUGUUAGAUGAGCUUGUAUUUUAGCUAUUCGAUUUAGAUCUAUUACUAUGUCAAAUCUCAGAAAUAGAUAACCGCAUAAGACAGUGACAUGAUUCUUGUCUUGGUUUAUAGAGUUGGGCAUGCUUAAUGGAAGCAAUUUGGCUUCUCAAUAUCUGAUUAAACGUUUUGUGGA